CAACAUGGCGGGUCGUGGCAGAGGAAGAGGGAAAGGACGAGGAUUAUCGUUUGAUGUGGGAAUGAUUGGUUUUGGGCGCGGAGAAGCGCUACCCACCGCAAUACUUCAACCUCCUCCACUUUUUCCAGUAAGUGAAUUUCUCCUUGCUUAAAAUGUGUGAAUAUAAGGUAUUGCUGCUAGGCAUUUUCUGCAGGGACGACUUUAAUUAUUAAAGAACGGGUCAUAUCACAAUAGAUCACAUAGAUGCUUUUGUUGUUUAUUGAUAUUGAAGUAGGUCGCAUUGCAUUCUAUAGAUUUCUCCAAAAUUUAUUCUCUUAUUUUACCAUACCAGCCACUUGAUGUAAAGCCAUUGCCACUCAGGCAGACAGAUGCUGAUGAAUACAUGCUGGCACUGAAGCAGGAGUUGAGAGGAUGCAUGCGAGAGCUUCCCUACUUCAUCAAGACCUCAGUCAAAACAAAGGGUGAGAAAAAUUCAAUAUUUUCAAUCAAUAUGCGGCAAGAUGAAGUGAACCUGCGUUCUGAUUGGCUACCCAAGCAGGCACACUUGGAAUACCAAGUUGGUCUCAGAAGAAAAAAUUCUCUUUCUGGCCGUAUAAUAAAUCCUUUAUUGAGUAAGCUUAAUCGGUCAAGAUGGUUUGAUAUUGGCCUUGUUCUGUUUUUGCAUUUUUAUUGACCUCUCCGAGUAGAAACGCAAAAAAGAAAUAGGCCACUUGCACUAAGAGGUCACGUGACCAAUGCUUCCUUUAAACAAUGAGUUGGAAUCUUGCUGAUGCCAAAAAUUGACAGAGCACUUAAAAAUUAGCUUACACCCAAAGUUUGAGAGGAAAUGCAUGUAAGGGAGAUAGUUUAUGGCACUUUGCAUUGAUUUUUCAACAAAGUAGUGUGAUUUGUAUUGGCCGCCAUGUUGGAGGGCAUACUCUUGCCUUCCAAUAUGGCGGCCAAAACUACUUUUUGCUUAUAUCUUGUUAAACGUUUGAUAGUUACGCUCAGAUUUGCUGUAAACGUUACCACACAUUUUUUCAACAUCCUUCUUGAAGUUUAAGUGGAAAGCUUGUGUUCAGAAAGAAGUAAUUCAUAAUUUUAAAAAUAACAUUUUGGUCACUUGACCAGUUGCAAACUUACUCAUUUUAAGAAAAUGGUGCGGGUUUGAAAAACUAAAUCACUGUUAUUUUGUUUAAGAUAUGACCCACUAAUCGUUUUUCGAAGGCAAAAUCAUAUAACUUUCAUUUUCAUGAAAACUAUGUCACAUGACCUCUUAGUGCAAUGGCCUAUUGACCAAUAUCCCUCCCACUUUUCUUUCUAGCAGUCUUUGCUUGCCUUUUAGAUGCCUUACCCAAGUUAUUGGCUGCAUUGCUUGUGCAGGCCGGGGUGCCACAACAAGUGAAGCCUGAGUUUCAAUGCAAUGACCACUGACUAAUGCAUCAGUCAAUUCCAGCUGUGCCCAUAUAUUAUUAUUAUUAUUAUUAUUAUUAUUAUUAUAGCAGGGUUCUCCAGAUUUCAAGUGACAGGGAUGAUCAAAGGAUUUUUUUGGGGGGGUGGUAGAAAUUUUCAGUUCCAGGAUUUUUGGGGGGUUAGAAAUUUGGCAAGUACUUUGUGGGUGGUUCGAUUUAAGUAGGGACUUUUUUGGGGUAUUCAAAACAAUCUGAAGAUUUGUAGUAUUGCCCACCUUUCACGGCCUGUUUUAAUAUUUUUUGUUUCAUAUUGCAUCUGUUUCAUGAAACUAGUUAAUAAGGCUUGGAAAUUCAGCAUGGGAAUUUUGGGGGGUUAAUUUUUGGUCUAGGGACUUUUUAGGUUUUGUUGGGAUUUUUUUAGGCUUUGUUUUUUUGCCUAUCCUCCCCGCAGACGUCUCAUGGGGUUCGUUUGUUACGCAUUCAUUUCUCCCCCACAGAGAGAAAUGAAUGCGUGACGAACGAACCCCAAAGAACAUCUGCGGGGAGGCUAUUUUUUGCCCCCUUUGAUCAUCCGUGUCACUUGAAAUCCAGAGUACUCCACUGGGCCUUAACCCCUUGGUUCCACAGUUUUGUAUUCACCUCGCAAAGAGACCUUCAUAUUAUCUGUAGUACUUAAUUCUUUACCAACAUUUUUACAUGCUAGAUAUUGAGAGGUUCUCUGAUAGAUACAGAGAGAAGCAGACAGACGAAGGCUUAGAUUGGCAGCCAGGUAACAUCUCAGUUUUAUUAAUUUAUUAUAUUAUUUAUCUGACCUUAAAAGAUGUUCCUCAACAGAACAUGUUUUAAAGACUAAUCUAUCUCUCAGAAAAAAAAAUCUCUCAUCCUUAACACACCUAAUCAGAAAUUUUCUUGCAUUUACAAACAAAAUGCAAAUGAACAACAUAAACUCCCUGAUAAUGUUAUCUUGCAGACUGGAAGUUAUUUCCCAGUGAGCUUAAGAUUAAAGUGAGAAAACACCGCCUUAACAAGAGCGCAAGUAAGUACUUAGAAAGAACGCACCGUAUUUACAGGACUGAUUUUAAAAGUGCUAUGAUUUUUCUUUGCUUAACAAGUUCAUCGUAAAAUUUGUGAUUCAUGCAGGCAAAGAUUUCUAUUGAUGUUCUUUUAGGACCAAGGAUUCCAAGGCUGGAAGGGAAGAAUAAGAGAACAUCUGAUGCAGAAGCCUUGAAGCAACUUGAUGUAAGCUAUUAUACAGUCAUUAACUGAUUUAGCAUCCCAUUCCAGGAAAUUAACCCAUUCGCUCCUGGAGAUUUUGCCGAAAAACGCGUUUUGAAGCUAGUCGAGUGGUUUUCUGGUCACUGUCGUGCUAUAAAGAGCUAAAACUUACCACAAACCGGUUUACAGGUCGUACACUUGGCGGCCUUCUGAUCCAGAUGCAAAAUAUCAGCUUACGAAGCUCGGGCAUGCGCAGAAAGCAAAAUUUCGACAUAGUUUUUGGGUUUAAAAGUGACACAGCAGUCUUGACUUUUACUUUUCGCUUUCUCUCCUCCCUUCUUUUUUGGCUUUUCUUGCCUCAUUUUUUUUUUCUCUUGCUGGGCAUUUAGUAGGCUUCAUUUUGGUGGGAAGAGUUUUUAGGAAAGCUUUUAGGAUCUUAGGAUUAGGUGAAAGGAAAGGUAGGUGGGUAAUGGAACAAGAUUUUCAUGGAGAUUUUCAGGUCCUUGUCACGUGGUUUUUUGCUUCUUUCUCCGGUGUCCUUGACUGAAUUGUGCUCAUUCUGGUAUGGUUUGAAAGAUCUCUUCACCCUGCACAAGUUAGCGAAGAAAGUUGUCCUUGACCGUUAAAACUGAUGACGUCACAAAGGGUAGAAAGGACCUGGAUCCGCACGGGCGGUUACGGGCGGUUCAGGGGCGAAUGGGUUAAAGAUACACAUUUAGGAUUCUGACCCUACUGUGUAUGAUAUAGAUGGCACUGGAUUUGAAGAUUAUCAAAUGGAUUCAUCGAAGUACCCUGUCUCCUAUGAAGAAUUAUCCACUUUUAGUAUAGAAUGACUAAAUUUAGUCAUUUAAUACUAAAAUGGGUGAAAAAGAUGUGAAGAAAUGGUUUUUAGCAUUUUUGAUAAACAGACUAUAAUUCAACCUUUAAUUUUAUAAAACUACCAUUUUGCGUUGAAGAAUUGCAAACAUGCAUUAAUCUUAGGUUUUCCUUCAGUCAUGUAAAUUACACCCAGCUAAUUUUGAAAUGCAAAAUAAUAAGCCCCUCAGUGGAUGUGCCCCUUCCAAAAUAUUAGCUCCUCCAAAAUUUCUUUUUAAAUAAGUCCUAAAGUUUUUCUGUUGGAAUUUUAUCUUGAUUUGGUAUCCACAGGGAACCUAGUCACUUAUUAAACUCGAGGAUUUCAGUUACAAAGCUUUAAGGAAACCGAUAAAAAUGCUAUAUAAGUACAUGUGUUGCUUUUAAUUCCAGGAAAUGGUUAAGAAGGAGGUGGAAGAAGAUCAGUCCGAAGAUAAGAAGGAAGAAGAAGCUGAGGACGAGAGUGGCGAUGAAGAGCUUGAAUAUGAUGAAGAAGAACAGGAAGAAGUAAAUACAUUAUUGUAAAAAUAUUUGUUUUGAUUAACUGAAUGAAACCACAAUUUGCCAAUGCAGACUCCAAAAUAACGGCCGGUCAACAGACAAUUUCUAGCGAUGAUAAACACUUGUCCGGACAAACUUUCGGUUUGCCGGUCAUUUUGACCGGACAUGUAAAGAAGCGACUAGAAAAAAACACUUCUUCACACCAUUACAUUUCAAGAGGACAAGCAUCUUUUUGCGCUUUAUGUUUUUGUUUGUUGGGCUAGUACGUUCAAGUUAUUACCCUUUUAUUUUUAACAUUAAUUUUUGAAUGGUCAGAAGAGAGACGAGACAUGAAAAUUUCUGUGGCCAGUCAACAUGACCGGCAACAGUCCCAAAUUUAUUUUGAACCCUUCAAUGCCUUCAACCCUUCAUGCAGACAUUCUUAAGGGUUCGUCAUGUGUUCCUGACCAACGCAUGACGAACCCCUAAGAAUGUCUGCUUUGGAGGCUAUUCAAUGCAAACAUCAGCAAAGGAAAUAAAGAAAUUUGAAACAAAGUCAUACUGUAUUUUGUUAAUCACAGUCCGCACCCCAUUCAGUAAGGUUCUCAAAAGGGGUGCAUAAGAUAAGGCCAUAAGUGACUGAUCUCACAGCAGAUUCUCCCAUCAAAUUUAUAUGCAAACAUCAGGAUAUUUGAGUGAAGAAUCUAGCAGGUUACCAGGCUGUCACAACUGUAUUUAAUUGACAGAAUGUUUUACCUUGACAGGAGAAUGACUACUUGGUUUCCCAUUUUGAUGAUGAUGAGGAUGCAUUUAUGGAUGAUGAUGACAUGGAUGAAGGGCCGAUAUACUAAUGCAGUGAAGGCCAGAACCAUGGUGGCAUUUUGCAGUCUAUGCAGCACUGUGAACAGACAGCGGGUGCAAUUGAGGUAUCAUAGGAAUGAUUGGCAGUCAGGAUCACAAUUUAUUGACAAUCCAACAGUCACUGACAGCAUCACUCUGACUGAAGUCAGUUAACGCUACCAUAGUAGCUGUAGGCUCACUUAUUACUACACCUCACUCAGAAACAGUUCCUUUCUCUUUCAAAGAGAUAACUACAUGUGUUUG